GGAUUACACGUAUGCGCGCGCGUAUAUAACACUUUCAUUUUGAUUUAAAACGAAAAAAAAAUCAAAUUUUCGUUGCUAUUUCUGUAAUUGAUCACCUUCAAUGGCGUCUCAAGAUUCAAAACCUCCGAAUCACGCGUUUCUCAGUAUCUGCAAAUCUCUUAUCGCCGGUGGAGUCGCCGGCGGAGUUUCACGAACAGCUGUGGCGCCUCUAGAGAGAUUGAAGAUUCUACUGCAAGUUCAGAAUCGUCACAAUGUGAAAUACAAUGGAACAGUUCAAGGCUUGAAAUAUAUAUGGAAAACGGAGGGUUUUAGGGGAUUGUUUAAAGGAAAUGGAACCAAUUGUGCUCGUAUUGUUCCAAAUUCAGCAGUCAAGUUCUUUAGUUAUGAGCAAGCAUCUAAGGGUAUUCUAAGUCUCUAUCGGUUGCAAACUGGAAAUGAAGAAGCUCAACUCACUCCUCUUCUGCGUCUUGGAGCUGGGGCUUUUGCGGGAAUCAUUGCAAUGUCUGCAACUUAUCCUAUGGACCUGGUGCGAGGACGCCUAACUGUACAGACAGAAGCAUCUCCUCAUCAAUACAGAGGGAUUUUUAAUGCUCUUUCAACAGUCUUCCGGGAAGAAGGCGCAAGAGCAUUGUAUAAAGGAUGGUUACCUUCAGUCAUAGGAGUUAUACCGUAUGUGGGUCUAAAUUUUUCUGUAUAUGAAUCUCUGAAAGAUUGGUUGAUUCAAACAAAACCACUUGGAAUAGCACAAGACUCGGAGCUAAGUGUGACCUCAAGGCUUGCGUGUGGGGCUGCUGCUGGAACUAUCGGCCAGACAGUCGCAUACCCCCUUGAUGUCAUUCGCAGAAGAAUGCAGAUGGUGGGAUGGAAAGGCGCUGCUUCCGUUGUCGCUGGUGAUGGGAAGGGGAAUCUUGAGUAUACUGGCAUGGUUGAUGCAUUCAGUAAAACUAUAAAGUAUGAGGGAUUUGGAGCUUUAUACAAGGGCUUAGUCCCCAACUCAGUCAAGGUGGUCCCUUCCAUUGCCAUUGCCUUCGUGGCAUACGAAAUGGUCAAGGAUGUUCUUGGAGUUGAAAUGAGAAUAUCUGAUUGAAGAUUUAACAAUUGUAUGAUGCUUAAGGUUUGACAUGUGAAAAUAUUUUUUUGUAAUUAUAUUUCAUUAUUUUCACUGAUUUUGUGUAAAUAAUUAAAAAUGAAAUAACAAUCCUAAGUUGUUCUUAUGGAUUAUUUUCUUCAAA